AUGGCCGAGUUUCACCGACUCGGCAUCCAGCGCUGGCUUUCAGAGCAGUGCACGUACAUGGCGCUGGAGACCCCAACCCCGAUUCAACGCAAGUGCAUCCCGGCCAUCCUGGCAGGCCGCCACGUCGUCGGCGGCGCCGCGACCGGCUCGGGUAAGACGGCCGCCUUUGCCCUUCCCAUUCUACAGACGCUCGCGGCCGACGCGUACGGCGUCUUCGCCCUUGUGCUGACGCCAUCCAGGGAGUUGGCGUACCAGAUCAUUGACCAGUUUAUCGCCUUCGGCGCACCGCUGCAGGUACGCACGAUGCUUGCCAUUGGCGGGGUGCCGACGGAGGCGCAAGUGGACGCACUGAAGGCACGGCCGCACAUCGUCGCAGCGACACCCGGACGGCUCCGCCACCUGCUGGAGGUGUUUGCGCCGGAGGUGAAGAAGGCGUUCGCCCACCUACGCUACCUGGUGCUGGACGAGGCGGACCGGCUGACGGAGGGCGAUAUUCUACGAGAUGUCCAGUCGCUGCUACGCCUGCUCCCGCCAACGCGGCAGCGACAGGUGCUGAUGUUCACGGCGACGCUGCACCCUCGGCUCACCACCCUGGAGGCUCCGCAAGCGGAGCAGGGAUUGCCUACAAGCAGUGGUGCGACAAGGGAGCGUGAAGGUCACAGCCUUGCUUCAUCGCACUCACCGCCGCUGCCGCAGCCGCAGAACGGAGAGGCGGCCGAAGCCGCAGAGCACUUCUCCCUGCUGGCAGAGCUCGGCAUCACGGAUGCAUCAACCUUGGAGGUUGCGGUGGUGGGAGGAGCCAUACAGGAAGGCCUAGGCCACGCCGCGGAAAGCGGAAGCGCAGCUGCCGCUGAUGAGUCAACCAGCUCCGCGACGGCGCCGACACUCCCGGGAAGGCCGACGGCGUUCCACCUACCAGAGACGCUCACACAAAGCUACCUGUUCAUCCCGAACAUGGUGAAGCUGCCGUACCUCGUGGCGGCGCUGCGCUUGCAGGGCAAAGCGCAGUCCACCAUCGUCUACGUCAACUCCUGCCUGCGCGCAGAGCUGGUGCGACUGACGCUGCAGCUGCUCGGCUUCCCAGUAUGCAGCCUCGAUUCACUCCUGACACAGCAGCACCGGCUUGAUAACGUAGCCAGCUUCAAGUUAGGUAUCUCGCGCAUUCUCGUCUGUACCGACAUCGCGGCUCGCGGGCUCGACAUCCCGGCCGUCAGCCUGGUGCUCCACUACGACGUACCAAAGCACGCGGAGACGUACGUUCAUCGUGUGGGUCGCACCGCGCGUGCCGGCCGCGAGGGCACGUCGGUCGCGCUCGUCACGGAGUACGACGUGAGUCUCGUGCAGCGCAUCGAGAAGAAGAUCAGCACCACGCUCACCCUGUGGAAGUCGCCAGCGGCGAAGGAGUCUGCGAUUCUCCCGCUGCUGGACGAGGUGUCGUCCGCCAAGAUCCAGGCGAGGCAGCAGGUGACGGAGCAGUUUGGUGCACGUGUGCAAACGAACAAAGCGCACGCGGCCCAAAAAAAGGUAGCGGCAGCGGCGGCGCGCUCUGCAGGCUCACCACGGCAGCAGCAGCAGCGCUUGCCCAGCGCAGAACCGAGCCCUACUGCUAGCAUGGCUGACACAGCAUCGCCCACCGCGCUCAGCGGAUUGAAGCGCGCUCGCAGCUCUGCCGCCACUGCCGAAGAUGCACCCGCCAAAGCAGGCGGCGUCGCGAAGAAGGCGAAAAAGGGCGCCGCGGUGCGCAGCUUGGCUGCCGACGCCACCGCAUCGCGGAGGAGCACAGCACAGCAGCGGCCGACUAAGAAGAGCGCGGCCGGCGAGUCAGACCACAGUCCGGCUCGCCAGCGUGUGAAGAAGGCUGCAUAG